GGCCACCAUGCAUCUGAGGAAGUACCUGCUGAAGGGCCUGCACCGGCUGCAGAAGGGCCCGGGCUACACGUACAAGGAGCUGCUGGUGUGGUACUGCAACAACACCAACACACACGGCCCCAAGCGCAUCAUCUGCGAGGGCCCCAAGAAGAAGGCCAUGUGGUUCCUGAUCACGCUGCUCUUCGCCUCGCUCGUGUGCUGGCAGUGGGGGGUCUUCAUCAAGACCUACCUGAGCGGGGACGUCAGCGUCUCGCUCUCCCUCGGCUUCAAGACCAUGGACUUCCCGGCAGUCACCAUCUGCAACGCCAGCCCCUUCCAGUAUUCCAAAGCCAAGCCUCUGCUGAAGGACCUGGACGAGCUGAUGAAGGCGGUCCUGGAGAGGAUCCUCGCCCCUGAGCUCAGCAACGCCAGCGCCACCAGUGCUCUGAACUUCAGCCUGUGGGACCACGCGCCCCUGGUGCUUAUCAACGAGCGGGACCCCCACCGCCCCGCGGUCCUGGACCUCUUUGGGGAUAACCGCAAUGCCUCAGCGGGCAGCAGUGUGCCACCAGGAAGGACCGGCGGUGCCCAGGGCUACAAAUUGGCCAUGAGACUGUGCAGCCGCAACGGGACCGUGUGCACCUUCCGGAACUUCACCAGCACCGCGCGGGCUGUGACCGAGUGGUACGGGCUGCAGGCCACCAACAUCUUCGCGCAGGUGCCGCGCCGGGAGCUGGCGCGGAUGGGCUACCAGGCCGAGCACAUGAUCCUGGCCUGCCUCUUUGGGACGGAGCCCUGCAGCUACCGGAACUUCACGCCCAUCUUCUACCCUGACUACGGCAACUGCUACGUCUUUAACUGGGGCAUGAAGGAGAAGGUGCUCCCCUCCGCCAACCCGGGGGCAGAAUUCGGGCUAAAGCUGAUCCUGGACAUAGACCAGGAGGACUACGUCCCCUUCCUCACGUCCACGGCGGGGGCCCGGCUGGUGCUUCACGGGCAGAGGACGUACCCCUUCAUCAAAGAGGAGGGCAUCUAUGCCAUGUCGGGCACAGAGACGUCCAUCGGGGUGCUGGUGGACAAGCUGCAGCGCAUGGGCGAGCCCUACAGCUUGUGCACCAUGAACGGCUCCGACGUGGCCGUCAGAAACCUCUACAGCACUUACAACACCACCUACUCCAUCCAGGCCUGUCUCCACUCCUGCUUCCAAGAGCAUAUGAUCCGCAACUGCAGCUGCGGCCACUACUUGUACCCACUUCCCCCGGGGGAGAGAUACUGCAACAACCAGGACUUCCCCGACUGGGCCUACUGCUACUUCAACCUGCGGAUGAGUGUGGCCCAGAGGGAGACCUGCAUCAGCAGGUGCAAGGAGUCCUGCAAUGACACCCAGUACAAGAUGACCAUCUCCAUGGCCGACUGGCCCUCGGAGUCCUCUGAGGACUGGAUUUUCCACGUCCUGUCUCAGGAGCGAGACGACAGCACCAGUAUCACCUUGAGCAGGAAGGGAAUUGUCAAGCUCAAUAUCUACUUCCAAGAAUUCAACUACCGCACCAUUGAGGAGUCCCCAGCCAAUAAUAUCGUCUGGCUCCUGUCCAAUCUGGGCGGCCAGUUCGGCUUCUGGAUGGGGGGCUCCGUGCUGUGCCUCAUCGAAUUCGGGGAGAUCAUCAUCGACUUCGUGUGGAUCACCAUCAUCAAGCUGGUGGCCUUCUUCAAGGGCCUGCGGCAGAAGCGAGCCCAGGCCGCCUACACGGGCCCGCCGCCCACCGUGGCCGAGCUGGUGGAGGCCCACACCAACUUUGGCUUCCAGCCGGACACGGGCAACCCCAGCCCCCAGGAGGAGGCCUACCCUGAGGAGCAGACUCCGCCCAUCCCGGGCACCCCACCCCCCAACUAUGACUCCCUGCGCCUGCAGCCCCUGGACACCAUCGAGUCUGACAGCGAAGGCGACGCCGUCUAGAGCUCAUCCUUGCCCCCAGCGCCAGGCAGCUCAGGAACCUGAAGCUGAGAAGUCAAGACCACGGCCAAGGCCUCAUGCCAUGGUGCCCACUGAGAGAGCCAGGGCCUCAGUGUCCCAUGUCAGAGCCCACGUUUCUCUAUGAAAGGCCAUCAGCAACUGGCCAUCCCCAGGCCAGUGUCUCUGCAGGCCACAGUCCUGGUGUAGGACGUGGGACCCGGGUUCUCACCUGGUUCCCGCCCCCUGCCUGCCCUGCCUUCUGGCCGGGGAUAUACUCAUCCCGGCUCCCGAGACCCCUGGUGGCUGCCCACUUCCCUGCCAUGCCAGGCACCGUGGUACCAGGGGAGAUCAGACCGCCACGCUGUGUGUUUCCCUCACUGGGCUCUGGCCUCUAGGAACAGGGCUGGGGAGGGCAACCACGGAAGAGAACGGGUGGGCAUCAGGUGGGCGCUGCUGGGGGACGCACGCUUUGUUCUGGAAAAUAAAAGCAGAGAACACGGA